CCUCUGUCUCAUCCCUCUUCUUUCUUCGUAACCUCACUCAAAUAAAUAAAUAUACAACAUGACGGACCUUCUAGACUCGAUGUUAGAUCUUAUGCGUCGGCUUCCACCAACGAACGUCGAAGAGAACGUCGCAGCACUCGUCAAUAUCUGUCCAGAAUACGCUGAUGACCUCCUAGGCUCCGUUGACCAGCCUUUACGCCUUAUGAUCGAUCGAGCCACUGGGAGAGAGUAUCUUGCGUGUGAUUAUAAUCGCGAUGGGGAGAGUUAUCGAUCACCUUGGUCAAACGAGUACGACCCGCCUUUAGACGAUGGCACGACGCCGUCUCCGCGACUGCGGAAGCUAGAGAUCGCAGCGAACGAAGCGUUUGACACUUAUCGUGAAAUGUACUUUGAAGGUGGUGUGUCCUCUGUCUACCUGUGGGAUCUUGACGACGGUGGGUUCGCCGGUGUCGUCGUAUUAAAGAAAGUCCUCCAACCAAGCUCUCCCUCUGCACCCUCCGGUGCAUGGGACUCGAUCCACGUCUUCGAAGCCUCCGAACGCGGACGAAACGCACAUUAUAAACUCACCAGCACUAUCAUGCUUCAUCUCGUUUCGCAGAGUCAUUCCAAUUCCAAUUCGGAUGAGAAUGGAAACGGGAAUGGGAAGGAUAGUUCUAGUGAAGGCACGAUCACGUUGAGCGGGAGUAUGACGAGGCAGAUCGAGCAAGACCACCCCCUAACCGAUGCAUCUUCACACAUCUCCAACACGGGUCGGAUGGUGGAGGACCAAGAGCUCAAAAUGCGGAACCUUCUGCAGGACGUGUAUUUUGGAAAGAUGCGAGACGUGGUGGCGGAGUUGAGGAGUGUAGAGAGCUUAGAGAAGGCAAGGAGGCAGAGGGAAUUGCAGAAGGAGCUUGUGGGGCUGAUGGGGAAGAAUAAGUAAGUAGUUUGAAGGGGAAGGAGUGAAACGGAAGGAAGACGUGGGUGACGGACGAAAGAGGUAGGCAUCCACACUACAGUACAGCACAGGGAUGAAAUGUAUCAAAGGUGUAUGUGUAUUACCGAGAAGAUUUCUUCUUCCCCCUUUCUUCUAGAUUACUCAUCCGACUCAUCCGAAUUUCCCGGCUCAAUGCACCAACUUGAAGCACAAGCACACCUUUGAACCAUUCACUUCGGAAGUUGCGCAGACACUUGAUCCUCCAGUGUCGAUGCAGCUGUCAAAUUUGGUACAAUGAUGAGCUUAUGCCUACAUUACAGACCCAAAUUUUGAUAGUAAUCACAAGAGUCUCCAAUCCCCC